CCCUUUUGUGAGCUACACUACAGUGAUGUGGCUGAACAGAGGCCCGUAAGAAAUGACCGGAAUACCCAAGACCUGCGACAUGGUGUUCACCAUAUGUUCCAGCGUGCUUAUAUUCGCAGGUUACGCUUUCGCCUUCAGCUUUGAAGGAUGUGGAAGAACUCCCAUUGCACCUCACCUGGAAACUCAAGACCGUAUCCUAGGAGGGUCCGAAGCAAUACCAGGAAGCUGGCCAUGGCAGGCUGCUGUCCACGUAUUCAACCAUGUUUGUGGCGGUGCCUUGAUUAGUGAUCAACACGUCCUGACGGCAGCUCACUGUACCUUGUAUGCCCCUGUAAUAGAUGUUAAGGUUCACCUGGGCUCUCACACUCGCAAUUCGGAAGACGAAGACGAGAUAUGGGUGCCUGCCGAGGAGAUCUGCACCCACCCUAACUACAGGACGUACGAAAAAUUGCAUUGGAUAAACGAUCUUGCCAUUAUAAAGCUCAGCAAGAAGGUAAAGUUCACGAGCAAGAUUCAACCUGUCUGCCUUCCUUCCGACUUUGACGAACUGCCUAAUCGCUCGGAGGUGUAUGUCACUGGCUGGGGGGUAACAGGAGGAGCAAGUGGGAAAUCUACCACGCUGAAACAACUGCGGACGCUGUCUUACACGAACGAGCGAUGUUCUGCUGUCUUCUCCAUCACUGUCCCGGAUGUCAUCCUUUGCGGUGGCCACCACGAAGGAUCAUCUUGCUACGGUGACAGCGGCGGACCCGUGGUCUACUUGAGGAAUGACACGUGGACUUUACAAGGCAUCGUGUCAGGAGGACCUAUGGGCUGUGGAAAUGACGACGAACCACUAUAUUUUACAAAAGUGUCUCACUACACGAAGAACUUGAUUGACCCUUAUAUGAAGGAUACCAUGCAAAGACCCGAACUUCGCCGGAUAUGUGACAUAGCGUAGCGGUUACUAUGUGUUGCUUAGUACAGCACGGACAAGGACAUACAAUGAUAAGGACCUUCAGGAUGUGUAUUCUGCUGACUGCAUCGCGGUGUCCUUCCAUGAUCAGAUUGUGUGGGGGAAGGCAUUUACAGGUGUCCACAGGAGGGGGGGGGGGCUAGUAUACGUUCGAUGAAACGGAACUUCCGUGGGUUCCCACGUAACAGGCGAGAUCAAGUAUAUGUGACAGCUAGAGAUUGUAGCAAAUGUACAAAACUGGGAAAACUUCAAGACUCCAUGUCAGUCCCAGAGAAGGAUCGUAGUCCGGAGCAAGGACUGUCUUUUCUGUAAGCUUUUUCACCACCAAUGAUAUGAGUAACCACUUCCUUUUCACUGAUUGGAACAAAUAAAUAAAUAAUUCACGGUUGA